AUGUCUUCCAACCCGCGGACCCCGAGACGCAAGAGGAUCAUCGUGGCGCUCACGGGCGCGACAGGUUCCAUCCUUGGCAUUGAGACCCUCAUCGCGUUGCGCCGCUUGGACGUCGAGACGCAUCUGAUUAUCAGCAAGUGGGCGGAGAACACGCUCAAGUAUGAGACGGAUUAUACUGUUGCCAAUGCUCGCGCCCUGGCAGAUACAGUCUAUGGAUGUCGCUAUAUGGCGGCGCCCGUUGCCAGCGGGUCUUUUCAAGUCGACGUCAUCUUUCCACCAGUGCCAGCAUUUUACAUCAAGCCAUCAUCUGUGGAUGAUUUGGUGGAUCACGGUGUUGGGAGGAUGCUGGACUUGUUUGACUUGGAUACUGAGGAGUUUGAUGGAUGGGACGGGUUUCAAAAGCCAUAG